AAAAAAAAAUCAAAGAGAUGGUACACAAUCUUUUUUCUUAUUUUUUUUAUCGUCGACUGGUACACAAUCCUUAACGGCGCGAACCUCACAAAACUCCAACACCACUGCGAGUACGAUCAAACAAAAACACUCGCAGUCUCUCUCCGUCCACGUGUCCCUCAUGCGUAGCCAGGUUGGAAAGAAUAUAAUCCUCUGCGCGUGAAUCCUCAGAGAGCGCGUGGCCUCCCCCAACUGGAGAUUCCGAAAACAAAUAAAGGGCAAAAUCGUCAUUCACCACACCCGGAGAUCUCUGUCUUCUCACUUUCCCCUCUCUCUCUCUCUCCGUUCAUAAAAAUUAAACAGACUCUCUCUUUCUCCGGAGUCACUGCAAAAAAAAAAAAAUCAAAACUUUCUCCUCUCUCAGUGCUCUCAAGUGUUGAAAGUUUGAAGAAAAUGGAGAAAAAGCAAGGAGGAUUUUUCUCUGCUCUGAGAGGUCUCUCACCGUCACGGUCCAGAGCAAGGUCUCGCUCCGUUAGUCCCGCUCGUUCUAGCUCACCCAUGAAAGCUCUCUCCUGGGGGAAGAAGAACAACACCAACUCCACCGCCGGGUACUACUUGACUCAGCCGGAGCUUUCAGUCGGGAGAUCCGGAAGCUUGAGACCUGUAAUGGAAGGUCCUGAUCCAGACGAAGAAGGAGGAGAAGGAGGAGGAGGAGGAGGGAAUGUAGGAGAUUCGAAACGACUCGGGUCGGGUCUAGGUCACUGGGUCAAAGGACAGCUGUCACGCGCUCCUUCUGUUGCUGCUGCGACUGCUGUUUGUCGGAGAAAUGAUUUGAGGCUUCUUCUUGGAGUCAUGGGAGCUCCUCUUGCUCCUAUUCAUGUCUCUUCCUCUGAUCCUUUGCCUCAUCUCAGCAUCAAAAACACUCCAAUCGAGACAUCAUCUGCUCAGUACAUUCUUCAACAGUACACGGCGGCUUCAGGUGGACAGAAGCUGCAGAACUCUGUCAAGAACGCUUAUGCUAUGGGGAAGCUUAAGAUGAUUACUUCGGAGAUGGAAACCGCCACGAGAACCGUUAGGAACCGGAACCCGUCUAAGGCUGAGAGUGGCGGUUUUGUUCUCUGGCAGAUGAAUCCGGAUAUGUGGUACGUUGAGCUCUCUGUUGGUGGUAAUAAGGUUCGUGCUGGUUGUAAUGGUAAGCUUGUUUGGAGACACACUCCUUGGCUCGGGUCUCACUCUGCUAAAGGACCUGUAAGGCCUCUUCGCCGUGGACUUCAGGGGCUUGAUCCGAGAACUACUGCUGCCAUGUUUGCGGAGGCUAAGUGCAUAGGAGAGAAGAAUGUGAACGGUGAAGAUUGCUUCAUUCUGAAGCUAUGUACUGACCCUGAAACCCUAAAGGCGAGGAGUGAAGGACCAGCUGAGAUCAUAAGGCAUGUUCUUUCUGGCUACUUUAGUCAGAAAACUGGACUCUUGGUUCACAUAGAGGACUCACAUUUAACCAGGAUCCAAUCCAACGGUGGAGAUACUGUUUUCUGGGAGACCACGUACAACUCGUCUCUAGACGAUUACCGCCAGGUGGAAGGGAUCAUGAUCGCUCACUCAGGGCAUUCUGUUGUGACCCUUUUCAGAUUUGGGGAAGAAGCGAUGAGUCACACGAGGACUAAGAUGGAAGAGAGCUGGACCAUUGAGGAAGUUGCGUUUAAUGUUCCUGGUCUGUCUCUGGAUUGCUUUAUACCACCGGCUGAUCUCAAGACCGGGUCUGGAAACGAAUACCCACAAGAGGAAAGGGGGAAGAACAGUAAUGCUAUCGUGUUGUCUGCUGCUCACAGGGCUAAAGUUGCAGCCUUGGAGAAUGGGAGCUUUGGAGCUAACCGCUAGGUUUGUCAUAGUGAUGUCUAAAGCUUAUGACUAAAACAACUCUUGAAGGUAGCAUUAGCUGAUGAUUCUAAGAUGGAAAAAAAGAUCAGAAUGCAUUGUGUUUAUACGCAGCUAACCCUUUUUUAGCAGCUUCAUCGGAUUAGGAAUCAGGUUUAUUAGCAUAACAGAAGAUUCAUGGUUCAAACCGGGUCCAAAUGGAUCUUCUUUUUUUUUUUUACUCUAGUCCUAGGAGAAUGGUAUGGAGUUUGGAUUUGGUUUUACUUAAUGUUUCAGUUUGGGUUUUUCUUUAAUUCUCACCUUCAAUAUUUUGAGUAAGGUGAAGGCAAGAGAAGGAGAAUUGCCUGCUGCUUUUACUUCCAGCUUCUUCUAGCAUUAAGUGUUUUAAUCAACCUUCUAACUAAGAAUCUUGAUAUUGUUUUCAAUUUAUGGAGAUAUGUUUGGUUUUUCUUAUUUUUGCUUUUUUUUCUUAUCUUCAGUCUUUUUUAUUAAUGCCUCUUUCUAUGCCAUUAUCCCAUCCACUUGUAGAAGAAGGUGAAGGAUAUAAUGUGA